AUGCUCCAUAGUGUGAUCAAGAAGGAAGGCUGGAAAUUCAUACCCGAUCAAGUACUUCCGCCCUUUAUUGCCAACUCUGCCACUGGUAUUAUCCUAUAUGGCUCAUACUUGACAGCCCUCGACUAUUUCGAUAAGAAUAGGGACCAGCUGAACCUCAACAGAAAAGACUACUAUUAUCCACCUUCGGAUACAUGGAGGGCUGGUUUCGUGGCUGGAGCUAUGCAAUCGCUAGCUGCUGCGCCAGUUGACGCUAUCUUUACAAGACUGUCUAUGGCUGAGGUCAUGAGCGGAAAGCAUCAGAAUCUAUGGGUGUUUGGUUGGGAAAAAUUGAAGGAAGUUGGUUUCAUUGGUGUGUUCGCAGGUUAUGGGUUCUCACUUAUCAAAGAGAGUUUGGGGUUUGCAUUUUAUUUUUCAACGUUUGAGAUUGUAAAGACGAGAGGUUACAGUUUGACUUAUAGAGUGAUUUCGUCUUACCGUCGGUUCAAGCAGAAGCUAAGAGACAAGUUCUCGUUCAUACACAUGUCAUCAAAAAACCAGGAAACAGAUGCCCAGUUGCUACGGUUCGAACAAAAUCGUCUGAUGAAGAUUCUUAAAUCUUCGUUUAUUCUCCUAGCUGGCGCCUCGGCCGCCUUUUCCCUUCUAGCAGUUCAAUACCCUAUAUCUAAGGUGCAGAAGAUCCAUCUACAUCGGUUAGAAGCAUUAGACAUUUAUUCUGCGACGAUGCAUAAGCAGCAGCGAAGAUUCUUUAAAAUCUACUACAACUCCUAUGUCGAUACUUUUCAGCAUUGUAUCGCCAUCAAAAGGAAAAGCAAGCAAACGUGGUUCAAGCUCGCCUACAAAGGGUUUGCUAGGAAUGCUUUGACAACCAUUCCAGCCACAUCCGUUGGUCUACUUGUUUUCGAGAUCAUGCGUACCCGUCUCUCUGAUAACAUUGAUGAGCUCAGUGAGCGGUUAUGA